AUGAGUAAACGGUAUAAGCCUGACCAAAGUACUGUGUAUGUUUCUAAUUUACCUUACCACCUUACGAAUAAUGACCUACAUAAACUAUUUAAUAAGAUAAGAAGAGUUAUUAAAAUAACCAUCAUGAAAAACAAAGUAUCAAGAAAAAGCAGAGGUGUUGCCUUUGUGCAAUUUGUAAAUGUUAGAGAUGCUGAAGAAUUUAUCCGGCAAACAGAUAAACAAGAGAUUUGUGGGCGUACAAUGCGUUGUAGCAUUGCAAUUGAUAAUGGAAGAACAACAGAAUUUAAUCAAAAGCGGAUUUAUCCUAAUAAAACUAGAUGUUAUGAAUGUGGAGACUAUGGACACCUCAGUUAUUCGUGUCCAAAAAAUGCUUUUGGUCUGAGAAAUCCUCCUAAAAAAAAGAUAAAGAAGGGAUUUGAGAAAAUCCAUAAUGAAGAAGACAGAAAUAACUUUGUUAAUCUAGAAUUGUUUCCUGAAAAUUUUAGAAGUGAGGGUGGUGAAACAAUUACAGAAAAUAAUGAAGAGGAAACCCUUAAAAAUGAAAAAACUACCCAGAAACGCAAGAAAUAAAAAGCGGUUAUUUCAGUGAUGAAGAAUACUAUUCAUUUUCUGAUUAG